GAUCCUAUUUGUUAUCACAUCCGGAAAAGAAGAGAAAAAGAAAAAAGCUUUGUUAUUCUAAUUAUUUAAAGGCCACCAAUUAGGGUUCAUCACUUGUUCCCAUUUCAAUCUAUUCUCUUGUGUUUAUCCGCUUCCCCUUUUCCUCAUUUCCUCUCUUCUAUCGUCGUCGAUCGAAACCCUAGCGUCCGUGGUAACUAACAAGCAAAAAUGACAGGAAAAGCGAAGCCGAAGAAGCAUACGGCGAAGGAAAUCCAGGCGAAAGUGGACGCGGCCACGACCAACAGAGGCGGCGGCAAGGCCGGAGUUGCUGAUCGGACCGGUCAGGAGAAGGGAGGUCACGCUAAGUUCGAAUGCCCUCUCUGCAAGAUCACUGUACCGGAUGUUAAAACGAUGCAGAUCCACCAUGAAUCGAAGCACCCUAAGCUUCCGUAUGAUGAAUCAAAGAUAACUAACCUCCAUGCCGUGCUCGCACCCGUCGCGGAUACAUCCAAGGGUCGCCCUGGUGUUCGUGGUAGUCUCAAGAAGUGAAGAUCUUCAUCGAUUAUCACGGAUGAAUCGUCAAUCUCCUCUGCCGAUUCGAUUUAGGUUUAAUUUCUCAAUCUCGUGUUCCUUAAAUGGAUGAUGGUUUCUGUUGGUGUGUUGUUGAAAGCUAAGCUAUGCUCUUAUACUUAUUUAUAUAUUUCGAUCCUAAAAUCUAUUAUCUAUCCUUUGGAUUGCUAA